AUGCCCCAGCUUCCUCAGAACCACCUGGGCGGGACCACACCUCGGCCAAAAUCCCGCUCUGCAGCCCCGCUUCAAAAUCUCCGACCCAUUGUCAUCUCGGGGCCUUCGGGUGUUGGCAAAGGUACACUUAUUGAAAAGCUUUCGGACGCACACCCGGGCACGUUUGGUACAACUGUCUCGCAUACGACGCGUCAGCCGCGGGCCGGCGAAGUCGGAGGCGUAAAUUACUACUUUGUAUCCGCUCACGAAUUCUCGACUCUCGUCUCUCAAAACGCCUUCGCAGAACAUGCGUUCUUUAGUGGGUCCUCUUAUGGAACUAGCAAGCAAACCAUUGCAGACCAGACAGCCAAAGGAUUGGUGGUCCUGUUAGAUAUCGAAAUGGAAGGGAUAAAGCAGAUGAAGGCGGAUGCAGGCGUUGACGCGCGUUAUGUCUUCAUCAAACCGCCCAGCAUUGAGGAGCUUGAGGCACGACUCAGGCACCGCGGCACGGAGAACGAGGAAGACGUCCAGAAGAGACUGGCCCAAGCCAGAGCGGAGAUUGAGUUUGCCGUCACACCAGGCAUUCAUGAUAUAAUCAUUACUAACGAUGAUCUCGAGAGGGCGUUUCAGGAGCUUGAUGAGUUUGUUUGUCGACCGAGGACAUGA